CCCAAUUCCAGCCUGUGACGUUCGCAGACCGUUGGCAAACCCAGAAAAGUCGCCUCGGAAACCCCAGACUAUUUAGCACUUUGACUUUUCGCCUGCUUUGUUGACAUUUGUUUCGGAAUUAAACAUCCGAAACGGCAAAGUCACCGUACGGGCACUUUGCUUAUUUCUACGGAAUACAUUUAAGAGCAACAACUGAGGCGGUUCCAAUCUAGACUGCACGGCAACCAGCGAUUCCGACCGACAAAGCCCCCGCGGACACACUGAUCUUCGACAUCCUUUGACCAUUGUGGUCUGCUAUCACCGUUCGAAAAUACACUCUGCUUUACAGUCGCUCCUUUUUAUUUUAUUCUGCUUGUUUGCAACCUCCAGCGCGGCGCACCUACUCGGACCGUUAUUUCCCUCGAGCUUCGCUUUGCAUACCCCAGUGGCUACUAGUUCGUUGUGGCGUGGUUGAUGCUUGGUCAGGGGCUGUGUAAAUACGUCAUCCGCGACUAACUCUGUAUGUUGUUUUUCUGGGUGGAAACGAUUUAUUGCUAUACACAACCGAUAUGCUGAUUGCUUGAAUAGCCUCAUUUGACUGUUUUGUUCCGAAAACGUUGUGGUGUCACCCCCGGCGCCGCCCAACAAUCCAACCAACACUUUCCGUCCCUUGAGCAAUCUAGGCAACAUGUCGUGGAAUAUUGCAAAAAAGCUACGCGAGGUUCGCCUGAGCCCAUUCUCCGCCUUUACAAAACCAAGCGCCCCGCCGUCUAUAAAGGAAGAAGAAGACCAAGUUCCAACCCGUGCGAGUAGUGUCGCAAGUCGGCGUGCCAAGUCUGAUGAAAUUCUUACCCAGAAUCCCGUCGUUAAAACAUCCAAGCCCGGUAUCUUGGUGGUAACAUUAUACGAAGCGCGUGGCCUGUCGCUUCCCGAAGAAUAUCAGAACGCUUUCUCAUCUUCUCCGAGAACGCCUGUCGAAUCAUCUGGUCGUUUGGAAUUACCCCAACCCUCGUCUGGCCGUCCUUCAAGUGAGAUUUCCAUUAUCCAUGGUCGUGUAUCCGGAAAGUACUUGCCAUAUGCUUUGGUGGACUUUGAUAAGAUGCAAAUCUUUGUAAAUUCGGUUGACGGCGAUUUCGAACAUCCUCUAUGGCCCGGAUCAAACACCCAGUACAAGUUUGAUGUUUCUCGUGUUGCUGAAUUGACGGUUGAUAUCUACGUGCGCAAUCCAAAUGCACCGAUGGGCACUGGCCGUACACAGGACAUAUUCCUAGGCUAUGCACGUAUUAAGCCUCAAUUCAAAACGAGCUCUGGCCGCAUGUCGACUGAUGUCAAUUGGAGUAACCAAGCCAACGAAUGGCCCGGAGGCUACACUGGCAUCCAUUGGGUUGAUGUGCAAGAAGGCUCAGGGAAGCUGCAGAUUGGAGUCGAAUAUAUCGAAAGCCAAACUGAGAAGAUGAGCAUUGACGACUUUGAGCUGCUGAAAGUUGUUGGCAAAGGCAGCUUCGGCAAGGUCAUGCAAGUUCGCAAGAAAGAUACGAAGCGAGUUUACGCCAUGAAGACCAUCCGGAAAGCCAAGAUCAUUGCUCGAUCGGAAGUCACCCAUACGCUGGCCGAACGAUCAGUCCUCGCCCAGAUUAACAAUCCUUUUAUUGUUCCACUCAAGUUUACUUUUCAGUCACCAGAAAAGCUCUACUUUGUUCUGGCAUUUGUAAAUGGCGGCGAGCUUUUUUACUACCUGUCAAAGUACGGCAAAUUUGAUAUUAACAGAUCACGAUUUUACACCGCGGAGCUUCUCUGCGCCCUGGAAUGCCUGCACGGCUUCAACGUUAUUUACAGAGAUUUGAAGCCGGAAAAUAUCUUGCUUGAUUACCAAGGGCACAUUGCGCUCUGCGACUUUGGGCUUUGCAAGCUUGAGAUGAAGGAUGAGGACAGCACGAACACGUUUUGCGGCACUCCGGAAUAUCUCGCCCCUGAACUCUUACACGGUGACGGCUAUAACAAAACAGUAGACUGGUGGACACUCGGCGUAUUGCUGUACGAAAUGUUGACUGGACUACCGCCAUUCUAUGACCAGAAUACAAACGAAAUGUACCGCAAGAUUCUAUCGCAGCCUUUGCAUUUCCCCGAUGGCAAUGUUGUUCCACCGGUGGCGCGAGAUCUGCUAUCAAAGCUUCUGAACCGCGAUCCUGAGAAGCGUCUGGGUGUGAAUGGUGCUGAAGAAAUUAAAGCACACCCGUUCUUUGAAGCCAUUGACUGGCGCAAGCUCUUGCAACGCAAAUACGAGCCAGUCUUCAAGCCCAAUGUGGCAAGUGCUCUGGACACGACGAAUUUUGCCGACGAAUUUACCGAAGAGGCUCCACAAGAUUCCUAUGUCGACGACCCUGCGAUUUCUCAAACAAUGCAAAACCAGUUUGCGGGAUUCAGCUACAACAGACCGGUAGCUGGCCUUGCGGACGCAGGAGGCAGCUUGAAGGACCCUUCUGCAGUAGAUGAUGGGGAUGGCCGCCGUUACUAAUCGGCAAUGUCCCCUGUACGAUGGUAGAGCGACUGCCGCUCUUCUGCUUUGAAACCGGUAUACUGCAUCUUGUAUAUAUCACCUUACAUUCGCUUUCCUCCUGUAUUUUAAGACUCUUAAGUGCAAUUCGAGCGCGUUUUUUUCUUGGGCAUCAG